AUGAGCGCCUCACUUCUUCUACAAAUCGUCCUCAUCGGCACCCAAACCCACUACGAGUCUCGAGGACUGAUCGAUGACAAGAGACUGGAACACCUGUUGAUCGCCGGGAAACAAAUCUUGUACAAGUCACACCAAGAGAGCGAUGUCCGAUCCUCGUUAGGUUUCAACCCCCGAACAUGGGAGGGUCUGACGAGGGUGUUGACGGUUGCCAUUCCGUCGUUGGAGCAACAAUCUUUUGCCUGGAAGAACCCUACUGCGUCAAGCUUCAAUGGCAGUAGUUCUGACCUGAUCGCUGCACACUACCUGUCCCUUGUCAAGGACAUUGAACGAUUAAACGAUCUUUGCACAAUCGCCAGAAACCUCCUCGCGACCACCAAGAAGGCGCAAAAUCUCGCGGCCGAAAAGGGCUUCGACCAGCAGAUCCUCAAACUGAUCGACGUGUGCGUGCGAGUGACGGCUCGAGGAUUCGAUGGCGAGGCCAACCCGCGAAAUGAAGAAAGAUGGCAAAAGGUGGUGCAUCUCUACAAAAGAUUGUUGAUCACCUGUCUCCAGUUCUUGCAUAAUUUCAUCAUGCACAACGAACAGCGAAAAUUGGUACUGUGGUUGGAUCUGUUCGGACAAGCGCAGACGCACGAGAACGAACAACUGAUCCAAGAGCCACCGGCCAGUCAGGAAGAUAAAGAGCACAUGGCCAAGGAAGAGAGAGUCAGGUCAACCGCAGAGCAAUUGCCCCAAAAGAGUCGGUCGGCGUCGAAUGAUGCAUUGGGAUACAACAUUGACGACGUGCAUGCUCUUUUCGAUCUUAUGAGCACAAGUAAAGAAUCGAACAAACAUGCUCAAGCCGCCGCUAAAGUGUUGAUGGACAAGAUUCGCACGGAUAUGGAGAAAUUGUCGGGGAUGAAUGCCACUCAAUUGGAUGCCAACCCAGACGCUCUCCUCAAAACAGGCGCCGACUUGCGGGCGCAAAUGCCUAACAGAGAAGAAUCUGCGCCUGCGUCUCAGCCGGAAGGGACAUCUGAAGAAACUGGCCCAGACGGAGUCAAGGCUACCGGCGAAGCUCGCCCAACGCACUGGAGUCAUCUGCCGGAUCUCGGCUCAUAUGGUGAUCUGGGCGAGUCUGGUCAAGAGUUGACCGAGGAAGACAAGACCAUGCCUCGGACCGCUCAAUCAGCGGCUGCUACGUUACAGGAGGCCAAAGAUGAGUUGAUGGCACGCUUGCAUGAAUCCACCUCGGCACCUGUCCUCGACGAAAACGGUGAUCCCGCGUACGAUGAGGAUGGAAAUCCUGAAGCAGAACUGGAAGAUGACCUGGUCGAUAGUGUCGAAGAUAGUAUGGAAGAGGAGGAGGACGACGAUGACUACUAUCGUGCGACUGGGGAUCAAGAAAGAGGCCUCCUGACAGAUGUGCCUCUGGUCCUUGGUCCGACGGAAAUCGAAGCUCUUCCAAUGAUCAUCCAAGCAGGGAUUGUGGACAAUUUCGGAGCAAAGAAUGGUGACCGGCAAGGCAUCAAAAAUAUGCAAGCCGUCCGCUGUCAUAUCCUCCUGGCACAAGAAGCUGGCCGCAACGUCUUGCGGGAAUUACUCAUCUUUAUCGCUGCAUGGGAUUUGCCGGAUGAUGAGUUCUAUUUUAAGAUGAUGGUACAAAUCAUGGAAGCGAUUCUCAAGAAUGGACUCAUGUCCCAUGCUUAUUCCGACUUUGGCCAGCCGAAAGAUAUCAUAUCCCCCGCCCAAGCAGUCGUCAUCAAGAUCCUCACACACAUUUUCCGCGCGAAAUACAGUCCAGCCUCUGUGGCGGCAAAGUCGAACGAAAAGGCUUCGCCGAAGCCUCGAGUACCGGCAGCUCUAAGCAGAGUUGAUGUUUUGACCGUUCGGUAUAUCUUCAUUGUGUUCCGUGGCAACAUCAUUCCAGAGACUUGCGCUCUAAUAUACCUGCAAGGGCAGAUCCGGGCUGGACUGGCUUUAGCCGAAGAUUUCCCUCUCAAUCUGUGGGACAUGGAACGCGUGUACGAGGGCGUAUACCAGUUCCUGGAAUUCUUUGCCGUCUUGACCGAGAACAACGAAUGGAAGGAACUUUUGGUCAAGUGGGAGAUUGUCUACGAUCUCGUUACGUUGCUCAAAGAACUCGACCACAGUAUCGCCAAAGUGCCACUUACACAGACGAUACCUCCAGCCAGGACAGAUGGCACUGCGAACGGUGCGGCUACUGGCAAAGCCGACUUCAAUACCCAGACCGCAGCAGCUGUGUCUGUCGAACGGCCUUAUGACGCCUCGACGGUCGACCCCAUGACACAGCAAUCUCAAGGUCAAGCGACGGCCAAUAAAGAACCGGCGCCCGCUGCAUCCAAUUCGCCACCACCACCAGCUGUGACGGAAGAACCGGCCGAUUUCGAAUGGCGCAAUCUGAAGAAACUGAUAGUGUUGGUUCUGUCGAGUCUCGUCUGGAAGUCUCGAACCGUACAGGACCAGAUUCGACAAUACGGCGGAGUUGAGACGAUCUUGAGCUGCACCCAAUAUGAUGCUUGCAACCCAUACAUCAAAGAGCAUGCAGUCAUGUGUCUCAAGUUUCUGCUGGAAGACAACCGCGAGAACCAGGCUCUCGUGUCCAAUCUCGAGGCGCGGGAAGUCCAGACGGAACCCGCGCUCAAAGACAAACUCGACCAGAUGGGCGUCAGUGUCGAGUUGGGCGAAGACGGCAAACCCAAACUGACCGGACGUGCGCGCGGAGGACCCAGGAGAAGUUCUUGGCUGGCCAAUCUGGCCGCGGCCGACAAGGAGAGGAAGAAGGCGAAAAUGUAUGCUAGACAGAGCAACGGGUUUGUCGGCAACGACAUCGACCCGGACGGCGACCUGUACGGGCCCGAUGAUGUCUUUGGGUCUCAUACGGAGCCUUUGAAGCUUGACAAGGGCAAGUCGAGGGAAAUUGUGCCUGACGACGAGGGUGAGGAUGAACAUGAGCGUGAGCGUGAGCGUGAGCAGGCGCAGGAUGGUGAAGAUGACAUUGAGUUCAUGUGA